AUGCCCAACGACUCAAUAGUGAGGGAAUUCCUCCUGCUGGGAUUCUCGGAGGUCCGAGAGAUGCAGCUGGUCCAUGCCGCGCUGUUCCUCCUGGUCUACCUGGCUGCCCUGACGGGUAAUCUCCUCAUUGUCGCCAUCAUCGCCCUCGACCGGCGCCUCCACACCCCCAUGUACGUCUUCCUCUGGCACCUGUCCGUCCUCGACCUCUGCCUCAUCUCUGUCACUCUCCCAAAUUCUGUCGCCAUCUCCCUGACGGAUCGUAGAUCCAUCUCCCUCCUGGGGUGUGCCGCCCAGGUAUUCCUGGUGGUCGUUUUGGUCACUUCAGAGCUGGGUGUCCUCACGGCGAUGUCCUACGACCGCUACGCUGCCAUCUGCCGCCCCCUGCACUAUGAGCUCAUCAUGACCAACACGGCCUGUGGAAAGAUGGCGGCCUCCUCCUGGUUCAGCGGGGCCCUGUUUGGGGUAUUGUAUACGGCUUCGACUUUCUCCCUGAGUUUCUGUGGGCCCAAUAUCGUCGAGCAAUUCUUCUGUGACGUCCCCUCCCUGCUGAAGAUCUCCUGCUCCGAGGACCUCGUCGCCAUCAAUGUGAGCAUCACCGGUGGGGUAGCUUUAGGUGUUGUCUGCUUCGUCUUGAUCGUCAUCUCCUAUGUGCGCAUCUUCCGGGCCGUGCUGAGGAUGCCAGCCGCUGAGGGUCGGGCCAAAGCUUUCUCCACUUGCUUGCCCCACCUCGGUGUCGUCACCAUCUUCCUCUCUACGGCCUUCAUCUCCUACCUCAAGCCCGUGUCUGACUCCUCCUCAGUUCUGGACCUGCUGGUGUCUGUGCUCUACACUGUGGUGCCCCCCACCCUGAACCCUCUCAUCUACAGCCUGAGGAACCGGGACAUGAAGGCUGCCCUGGGCAGAAUCCUAAAGGGGCGAUUCCUCCUCCCUCCUCUAAGGGACAAAAUAUCUGUUUCCUGUUGCUGA